UUUUUUGUAAAAAAUGUUUGGGACACUAUCAAGAGAUGUGUUAUUAGAGUUAUCGAGCCUUGAUAUUAUAUCAAAGACUAUUUGUGGGUCAAUGGAUAUUGUUUGUAUUGUUUGUAUUGGGGAGUGGUUUGAGAAAGAAAAGGUUUGGGAAGAGAGGUUUUGAUUGGAAAAUACAGAAGAGAACUGAUCGGCCAAAAUAUUUGAUUUAAUUUGGUUUGAGAAAAUGUGUUGAUUAUUUUGGC